AAUUCUAAACUACUAACUUCUUGAAAACAUAUUAAUAAAUCCCAAUAUUUUCUGCUUCGAAUCAAUAUCAACCGCUUUUCUUGCCGCCAUUUUCCCCAUCUCCCUCCAAUUGUCUUUUCUUUUUUUCUAAUUCAACUCUAGGCAAAGGUAAAAUCGCUAACAAUAUAAAACUGAUUUCGAAUACACUGAUUCCAAACUGACACCAUCUGACACUAUGAUUUCAAACUGAUAAGUACAUUCACAAGGCCGUACAGGUAAUUUAUAACGCGUCAUAAGAUUUCCCCCUUUGUGUUUAUGAUUUAUAUCACGAAGUCAUCAUUAUACUUAGUUUUUUCUAGUUGGCUAGUAGGUAAGUAAAGCCAUAAGUGUAAAAAGUGGCAUACAGUAGGCGUUAAAGUUAAAACACGCUCAACGGAAUCACAAUAAUUUUUUCCGUAAACUGUGCAUUAAAGUUAAAAUUCUCGGUACAAUUGUUACGAAUUCCUCUUCUUGUGACUUGCCAAGUGAUAAUUAUUUAAGGAAAACAAUUGCAUCAUGCUAAGAUUAAUCAUUUUAUUAAACGUGCUGACAUUGAAAAAUAUUCACACUCGAGAACUAGUUGUGUCUCAAGUGGUACAGUCGGAACAAAUAAUUAUAUCUUCGAGUCCUUCAAACCAGAAAGUAACGGAAGAAUUAAUUGUUCCAUCACGGGUUAAAGACACGGAUACAGAAUACCACAAUAAUAAAUUAAAUAGAUCAAAAGAAUUGCUUACGGCUGAAGAGGAUUUCACUUUAUCAUCAAAAAACCUGGCUGUGAAAACAUACAUACACGAGAACAAUUCAACAGAGUUGUUGGAAAAAUCCGUUAAUAAUACUGCUGAAGAUGGAAUUAACAACGAAGAAAGGGUGAAUAUCAAACCUCUGGAUAUAAUAUCCCAAGGGAAAGCUGGAGGCGGUCAAUCUAAACCUGGCGAAGCCACGAAUGAUACCGAUAUAUCUUUAGUAGAUAGAUCAAGUUUUAACGGUGACAAAUGUCCCACAGGACAUGUUAGAAUAAAUGAACAAUGUAUUCCAACGGAAUAGAAUAGGUACUAUAAUAAGUUACUUGUGUAAAGUUACUUCUGACUACUGACUUAGUUACUACUGAGAAAGGAAAGUAUCGAUAUGUAGCCACCUUACGUAUAUAGGUGUACGUAGGCAUGUUUUUUAAUAGUUACACUUAGAUUUAAUAAUGUAAAGUGAGUGAAAUACGUAAUCAAAAAAUUAAAUCCGUAAAUAGGUA